UUCAUCUACGAGCUUGCAGAGGCAGCAGUUUUUAGGCGUGUGCAUACUCCAGCUGUAAACAUGUCUCUUAAGACAGUGGGCACAGCAUUAACCCGUGCACUGUGGACUACAGGAAACAGGACUCCCCCUCUUACGCGAUCCCCCAAAGUAAACAGACUCUCUACCUCAUGCAGGGUGUCUGGGGAAAGAAAGCAGGGCCACGAAAAGACAAAAGAACAAAGUUGCGUUUCGGACUCAGACAGGCCGAGUGGCGACGUGCCAACACCCAGCGAGCCUCCUCACAAAUGCACGACGGGAGAUAAGCGACUCAAGGAGCCCGUGGGUGCUCCCGGUGUUACUGGUGUGAGAAGACGGUCGUACACGUCCAACGCAGCUCCAGUGGACCAGAGGUCCUUCCUGUGGGCUCGUUACAAUGACAUGAAACGGCUGGUUCACGAAUUGAUUCCACCAGGUGCGUGUAACCUCCUCAACUCCUCCACCAUCUACGCUAACAAUGAGGUCAACCUGGCUGAAGUGGACAUUUAUGGCUUUGACUAUGACUACACGCUGGCUCUGUACUCAAAUGCGCUCAACACAAUGAUCUACAAUAAAGCAAGAGACUUCCUAAUUGAACACUUUAAGUAUCCUGAAGGCAUCCGCAAGUAUGAUUACAUCCCCAACUUUGCUGCUCGGGGGCUUCACUAUGACAUCCAAAAGGGUCUUCUGAUGAAGAUAGAUGCCUUCCAUUACAUUCAGCCAGGAACAGUAUAUCGGGGACUGAUGCCAGUGCCAGACGAGGAGGUCGUUCAGCUGUAUGGAGGGACUUACCAUAUCCCCCUGCAGCAGGACAGUGGCUUCUAUGGAAAGGGACCAAAGGUAAAGCAAUUCAUGGACAUCUUCUCCAUUCCUGAGAUGACUCUCUUGGCAGUGGCAAAUGAUUUUUUCAUCACCAACGACAUCGACUAUGAUCCAGUUCACCUCUUCAAGGAUGUCUCGGAAGCAAUUGGCAUGGUUCACCUCAAAGGCUACAUGUACAAAUGGGUCAUGGAAGAUCUUGAUAAGUUCAUUCUCAGGGGAGAAGAGACUGAUGCUGUUCUGCAUCGAUUGGUCAGUCAUGGAAAGAAACUCUUCCUCAUUACCAACAGUCCCUUCAGCUUUGUGGAUAAAGGAAUGACGCACAUGGUGGGAAAAAACUGGAGAGACUUCUUUGAUGUUGUCAUAGUGCAGGCAGACAAACCUCACUUCUUCACAGACUGUAUCAAACCUUUCAGACGGUUGGACGGUAAUGGAGACCUUCAGUGGGAAAAGAUAAAGAGUUUGGACAAAGGACAGAUCUACAAACAGGGAAACCUGUUUGACUUUCUCAGACUGACGGGCUGGCGAGGUUCAAAGGUUCUGUACUUUGGAGACCAUCUUUAUAGUGACUUGGCUGACCUGAUGUUGCGACAUGGCUGGCGUACAGCAGCCAUAGUACCUGAGCUGGAGCACGAAACCAAAAUGGUGAGCACAGACCGGUUUGGUCUCACCCUCACUUGGCUGCAGGCUUUAACCGGCCUGAUGGAGCGCCUACAGACACAUCGGGAUCCAGAGUCUAAACAAGUUUUUCAGGAAUGGCAGAAGGAGAGGGAAGAACUCAGGGUGAUGACAAAGAACCUAUUCAACCCUCAGUUUGGCAGCAUCUUCAGAACGUGUCACAACCCCACCUACUUCUCCAGGCGUCUGUGUCGUUUCUCAGACAUCUACAUGGCCUCCCUCAGCUGCCUUUUGAAUUAUGACCUAUCGUACACGUUCUACCCCCGCCGCACUCCUCUGCAGCACGAGGCUCCUCUGUGGAUGGACCAGCUUUGCACAGGCUGCAGGAAGACACCUUUUCUGGAGGAGAUGUCUCACAUACGAUGAGAGCUGUAUUCUCUUUGGUGACUGUUAGGAUUUCAUAUUAGGCCUGGUGAAUACUUGAGAUUGCCUGAGGAUUUCUGUCAUAUAGCAGUGUUUAUUUUUAGCCAAGAAGGUGCCGCACAACUCUCUCCACAGGAUGAAGCAUUCCUGUUCUACACAGUGACCCACUUCCCCAAUGAAUUCGCUAGAGGGUGCUGUAGAUUUAGCUGCUGUCCAGGGAGUGUGUGAUUCAGUUAAACAUGUUGUGGUACAAAAUUGACAGACACUCCGGUUGUUGCCUGAAUCGAAGUGAAAUGGAAAUGCUGAACAAUAAUGAGCUACUAUCGCACAAUUUAAAUAAAUAAAUAAGUAAAAUCUUAUAUCAUAA